AUGGCGGCCCAGGGCACGCACCUCCUCCAAUUAGUUCUGUCCUGCCGGAAAAUCACGGCGCAGGUGACGUGCAGCAGCUCGAAGUCGAUCGUAGCCAUGGCCUCAUCGAGCGAGGAAGAGUUCAUCAAAGCCUACAGAGCGAAAUUGAACCGGUUCCCACGGUCGAGCAUCUACUGGGACUCGAAGACCGCAUCGCGAAUCGGUGAUAAGAUCGGGAUCCGCCUCCAAGAGAAGGGCGUGUCGAGCGUCGGAAUCGACGUAGGCGAGGAGCUCUCAAGGCCUAUCCACUACCGCAGGCUGCUGGGGCCCUUCUUCGAAUCGGUGAAGCGGAAUGGAAUCACCGUCAACGGCGCCGAGGAUUUGGUUUUCCUCGGCCGAUGAUUGCGAUUGGAUCAUCUACGCAGACGAAUUUGUUUGAUUCAGUGUUGGAUUUGAGAGAUAGUAUUGUUUGUUCAUACAGUUGCAAUUGCAAUUUUGAGCUGGUGUUUAAUAACUGCUCAAAUUCAGAUUGAUGGAUUGAGCAAAUAGUGAUGCUAACUACGUUGAUAGAAAUCAUCAUCAGAAUUCAGAAAUCAAUUGCAUAUGUUUUGCAUUUCGGUUUAUCAAUGAAUCCACAACUCGAUUGAAAUGUCUCAA